AUGGCUCAUACAGACAGGGUCCAGACGACGCCGCAACGCGUCGCGAUGGCGCGUCGCGCUGAUGCGACUUCGUCUGAACAGGCUUCCUCGUCCAAGGUCGCAACAUUUACGCGAUACUGGACGCCAUUCCAAAAACCUGUCCUGGAAUUCGAGACAUCCUCGUCAUCUGCUACACCUGUUAUGAUACACGCUCUCGAGCAGCACGACUCUGUGACCGCCAUGGAGCUUCUGCGACGCCACGCUAAAGUUCUUCCACACACAGUGUGGGCAUCACUUUGGUCACUUGUCGCAGAAGGACCGUCCUCGCUACCUGCCGAGGGUUUAUACCAGCGUUUGGAUACUAACGUAUCGAUCAUUCCAUUCCAGAAGCUGAACGACCAGCGCGGCGUCGCCAACAGGCUGAGCAGCUUUUGCAUCGCGUGCAAGGACAAGCCAUCUGACCCUGUCGGAGCUGGUCAGCCAUACUCUGCCGUGAUUAGCGAAGCACUCGAGUGGUAUCGGUCCAGCAAGAUGCCCGAGGCUUUGUUUCUUGCAUGGGAGGCUCUUCGCUCUGCAUUUUCUGAAAAGCUUCCUAUCAAGCAUGUACUGGUACAGCAACUACUAGGAAGCAGUGGCCCAGCGCACGUCCAGCUGUGUAUUCCCCACCUGCCGCGCACCUUGGAUGGCUCGGAUGCUCUGGCCGCCCACAUUCUUGACACAUGCCGUUUGCGUCCCCGCUACAUGCACCAACGUGCAGUGGUGGUUCUCUGCAAAAUGAGCGAUCCACGCGCCGCUUUGCAACUGCUUGAUACCCAUGAUACGGACAUUCCGUUCGACGUUUAUGCUGCUACGAUCACAUCGCUCACAUGGAUUGCUCGUGCGCGUAUUAUUCCUCACACAGCCCUUUUCCUGGCAUGGCGCGUGAUGGAAGACAUGCAGCAGGUUGGUAUGGAGGCCGACGAGCAAAUGUACGGCGAGUGGAUUCGUGCGCUGCAAGUGAUGCAAAACGGUCGCAUAGCGCCCCACCCACUAUGUAUCCCCGACGCUGUAAUUCAAGCGCUGCAUGACCGUGCGCCGUCUUCCAUGCCACCAUGGACCAACUAUAUGUCGUCUCUCACGCAGCAAAUUCUUUCACGGCAAGAUGAGCACGUACUGCGAUGGGACCACUUGGACCAAACAGAGGCCCUUCCCUUUCGCUCGGCGUCUACCUUUGCUUGGCUCCUUUCCCACGCGUGUCAGCACCAGGGAGAUUUGAGAUGGGCGGUACGUUUGUACCACGACUGGCUCGCCACAGGCCGUAGCCUGCCUGAAUCUCAGCUUGAGCCCUUUUUGCGUGCGUGCCUCUCGCACGGCAUGCCUUCCAUGGUGCGGGUUGUCGUACGCGAUGCUUGUGAGAUUGGAGCGGUACCGCGAUCGACAGUGGCAUCACACGCUGCACGGGCCCUAUUUCUCGAAGGCUAUUUGGAAGCGGGGCUAGCCCUAUUAGCCGACUUGCUCACUGAUGCGCCUACCACAACGCCGCGCGAUGAAUCUCUUCCUCCGACCCUUCCGCCGUUGGCCAUGUAUGCGAUUGGCCUCUACGAAGCUAGUGGCGUGGGUUACGGAACAAAACGUGGUGAUCGAGCACGGCUGUUCGACUUCUUUGACGAAUUCCGUCUAGUCUUGGCGCAUACGUAUGCCAAAGGAAACGUGCCUGCGAAUAUUGUGGACUUUGCCUACUAUGGUGUGAUCCGUCUGCAUCUUCAGGCCCUCGGGCAUGAAGCCAGCUCGUGGCCCUCUGACCUUGUCGACUCUGCCGAAAAGGACGCUUGUGUCGCGAGUCUGUGCAAUACCUGGGUCGAGUGGCAAGAUAUGGCCGGUCCACAAUACGGCUCCACACUGUCUGCUACGGAAGUCAACUCGCUGAUUCUCUCUAUCCGAGCCUACAUACCCAAUGUGCCGCGCCCAUCAGCCAUGACUACUGAUAUGAAGCAAUAG